UUAAGUUUAAUUACUUGUAAAAUCGAUAUUAAAAUAUUUUUCAUACAUAUUAGUAUCUUGUCUUGUCAUAAAAUUUGAAAUGGUUUUAGUAAAAUGUUGACCUUUAUUUUAUUGUCGUCAUUUUCAUCAUGUAGUUCUAUUUGAAUAUGAUUUAAAUGUAAAGCCUUGAUUGCUGUUUCCGUUAUCAAUUUUAUCAUGUCGUCAUGACGUUAUCAAUGAAAGGUAGAGAUAACAAGGUCGACAGCAAACGUCAAAGCCGAAAUGUUAUCCGACAAAAAUGAAAAGUUCGCAAGCUUACUUUUUUCAGCUAAUUAUAAAAUCUAUGCCUACUUUUUGAGAUAUUUUGAACCACUAUGCUGUUAUUUCUAUCCUGUUCACCGUAACAUCAAUGCCAACCGUAAUUUUAUGAUAUUUAUCUAAUUAUGAACAACUUAAAUAUUUUGUACCAAGGUGACUUUUCGAUUCGGUCGGGUUAUAAAGCGCUUUAUUCACCGCGGCAGUCAGCGCCAUUUUGUUCUCGUCCGCUGAAUGAUGCAAGAUACAAGUUUGUUUGCAAUAUUUGAACGUUAAUUUGUAUCAAGGAUUACCUUAACCGAGCAAGACUCAAACAAAUUGAAGAAGACAUCAAAAUAAUGAGUGCUGAACCUGUUGAGUAUUUGGAGACUGAAGAGGUGUAUAUGCAGUUAAACCAAAAUGAAAUAAUGGAAACAGAGCCUGCUGACGAUAUAGAUGACCACUGGGAACAUAACAGUAUAAAAAUGCUUUUAAAUCUGUAUCUCCAGAAUGUUGACAAAUUCCGUAGCCCUAAAGUCAAGAAAAAAAAUGUAUGGAUAGACAUAGCCAAUGCUGUUGGUAAAGGGCCAGACUGCUGUGACAAGAAAUUUCGAAAUUUGAAACAGACAUACAUUAGAUUACUCAAGAAAAGAAACAGAAAUGAGGUGGUUGUAGUAAAAUGGCCUUAUUUUGAAGUUUUUGAGAAGAUUUAUAAUGUGAACGGUGAAUACCAGCCAGAAAUACAGCAGAGGAUACAAGAGGCAAGCACAGAGAGUGUAACCAAAGCUUUAUUGUCUAUAGCUGAACCUUCAACUUAUGAGCAGGAUGUACAGGAAAAUGGGGAGUCAUCAAAUGGACAAAGUGAAGAGUCUAGAAGGAAAUUGAAUAGAAGAAGAUAUGCAGACUUUAGGAAAAUAACAUUAGAAAUGAGAAAUAGACAGAAGACAGUGGAAGAGAAGUUAGAUAGACUAAUAAAUAUAGUACAAGAAUCAAAUAGUAUACAGCGGGAAAGAAAUAGGCUAUUCCAACAAUUCCUUGACAAUUUACAUCAAAAUACUUAGGAAAUAAAUCCAGAUUUAAUGAUUAAAAGUGUGACUCCUGGAUAUAAGACCGUGGAUUUUAAAUUUCAGAUCAGGCGCAAAAAUUUAUUAAGGCUUUUGAUUAAGAAGUUCUUAAUAAUAUUAAAAUCAUAGCCUUGAGUCUGGAUUUAUGCCUAAAGCAUGUAUUUGAGAGCAUUAACCUUGCCUCCUAUCACAUGGGAUUAAUGCAAAACUGCGGAGGUGUGAUGUUGUAAUUUCUUAUAAUGAGGCAAUUAUACUACUCUCUCACAUCUUAUGGUUGCUGAGACAGUACUAUUUUUCAUACAUUGCCCAUAGGCGUAGCGUCACAGCGCAAUUAUUAUAAUAACACAUGAUAUGACAGAAUGGAUAUAGACGUGAACGUCAUAAGGCGUUCUGUCACUUAUGAUAUGUAUUUUUGGCUGGACUGGCUUGGACUGGCUUGACGCCUACAGGCAGUACUGUCCGUCAACGUGUUAAGAUUGUUAAUAAGCAAUAAGGCUACAAAUUACACUUUUCAUUUGAGAAACUAUGAGGGCACUUCCUACCUGACAAUGUGACAUGAUUCCAGUAGAUGAGUAUAGGAUUAUUACAGAUUGACAAUGAUAAUGAUGCAACAGGAGAAUUGCGACAGUUAACAAGCCCACAGCUACCUAAUCUAGAGAAUAAGUCAGAAUACCUGUGGUUAUGUGCGUGCAUUAUGAUUCUGAAAUUGUCAUAUUUGUGCCAGAUUCUCAAAGUCGAAGGAUGUGUUUUAUUUACUUGGAAUGCAUAAUUAUUAAUUUUUGACUGUGAAUUGUUUUAUAAAAAUAAAUUUUAUAAUGAAAUCAUUAACUGGAAUUUACAUAUUUUAUUUAUACAGACAGGGAAAUCCCAUAUUUCAACUUUAGUAAUUUAUUUUCCUGUUCAUGUUUAUUUUACUUCGUAACAGAAUAUUAGUGUGUGGAUAGAAUAAACCUUUAUAAAUUCUGACUAACACAAGUUACACAUUUAUCCUGGAAUGUAUAAAAAUUAUUGUAUUACAUUAAUAUUUCCAUAAAAUGUUCCUUUACUAAUAAUGCUAAUGAGAAAUUAUUCAAAGGAAAAUGUAUGUGGCCAGCCUCGCCCGCGACAUUGGCUGAAUAGCUACCUGUCCUGAGGUAUGAUAUUGCAAGUAGCUAGCACAUGUUGCAAAACACAAAACUUGAAGUACCUAGUAAGAAAAUAAAAUUGGUAAUACAUACUUUCACACCCUAAAUUGAUAGACCAAUUUUAAUGAAAUCGACACAGGUAGAAAGACUCACUAUUACCGAAGAUGUAGGUAGAGGACCUUACUUGUUACAAGCAUGUUACUAAUAAAAUAAUGGAAACAAACUAAUAAACAUUAAUAAAAAAAAUCAUCAAUAACUAUUUUUACGUGACACUAAAAUCACGUUUAUGAUUAAAGCGUGACACUUUUAAAUCACGCAAAAGUAUAAGCGUGACAAUGAAUAAGUGUAAUAAUAGUAUCGAAUUAGCGCGACAACAGUUAAACAAUAGUGCUGAGAAUCUAUUUCUGUUUCAAUUACCAACAAAUAUCCAAUAUAGAAACACAGUACUUGCCAUUCGCAGUAUGUUAUGAUUCAAAAAAAUCCUGUAUCGCUAAUUUUUGUAAACAUGAUCUUUAUAUUACCACAACUACAGUCAAGCUUGUCAUAUCACUGGUUUUCAGGCAAUACCACGAUUCUAUUGUAGUUUACAUGUUCUAAUUUACAGUUCUAUAUUACUGUAAAAUUGACUAUUGUUCUACUAAAGUGCAUUUUUGAGUGCGUUCCAGGCCAUUGAGUGAGGUGAGUUUGGGA